CCUGUCGCAAACCAUAGUUCGAGAUCCUCCACCGCCUCGACUGCACGCCACUCCAAACUGCCGCGACCCCGCUUCGGACUACAGAACACCUUCGAGUAGUCACGCAUACACCAAAUUCGCCAUGUCUACCUCAGCCGCUCCCCAGGUGGGCGAGAACCAGAUCGUCCUUACCACCUCCGACAAUGCCACCCUCCCCGUCGACCGCGACGUCGCCGAGCGCAGCAUCCUGAUCAAGAACUUGCUGGAGGACCUUGGUGUCGACAACACCGAGGCUAUCCCCAUCCCGAACGUGAACGAGGCUGUCAUGAAGAAGGUUCUCGAGUGGUGCGAGCACCACCGCAAAGACCCCCCCGCUUCCCAGGACGACGACUCGGACUCGCGCAAGAAGUCCACGGACAUUGAUGAGUGGGAUCAGAAGUUCAUGCAGGUCGACCAGGAGAUGCUCUUCGAGAUCAUCUUGGCCGCAAACUACCUCGACAUCAAGGCCCUCCUCGACGUCGGCUGCAAGACUGUGGCCAACAUGAUCAAGGGCAAGUCCCCCGACGAGAUCCGGAAGACGUUCAACAUUCAGAACGACUUCACACCCGAGGAGGAGGACCAGAUCCGCCGUGAGAACGAGUGGGCCGAGGACCGCUAAGCGGCGGCUUGCUCCCCUGCUCGGCGCUCUUCCGGAUGGUUACCCUUCUUCGAUUCCGACGCCCCCCCGAUAUACGGCUUCCACAGUAUUCUCCUACGCCUUAUGACUGUGGAUAGAUGGGUUUGAUAUUGCCGGUGUUCAUGGGGUUCUUCAUUGUUUGAUCUGCCCGCAUCUCAACGGGCUUAUAUGGUGGCUUAAGUCACAAAAGGCGGUCUGCGACUGGAUGGUUUUAGGUAGCAGACGCGCAUCAUUAUGGAAAUGAGGUACGAAGUAUUGGUAGCCGUCCGCCAAAGAAAUAUUGAUCAAAGCCACCUGCUCGUCCACUUGGGACAACGUGCCUGUACGUGCUCUCGGACUCAUCUUUGACAGGCUUAAAACAGCAGACAUUGUGACACAUUACUUUUGACGAGUUGCAGCACAUCAUCCACUUUGCGAAAAGUCUUGCAGAACAGCAAGCUGUCGGUGAUCGUCUGUGGUAGCACAGAUAAUCGUG